AUACGCCACUUUCUACACAGUUGUGUAUGACCGAUGAGAUAGGCGAUGGCAUAAGAAGAGAUCGUGUCCGGCGAGGACGUCGGUUGUAACUUCACUGGUGUCUUUGCUGUUAUACACACCUUUAGUUACUCAAGAAAUAAAAUUCCGCCUAUAUAUAAUCUUCAAUAUGCCGAGCCUCAUAAAUACGCCAGCUGUAAACACAACAGCCGACUCCUUCUCACUCGCCGGCAAGAUUGCUAUCGUUACCGGCAGCGGUCGCGAGAACGGUAUUGGAGCAGCAACAGCAAGGGCAUUAGCACGUAAUGGCGCUUCCGUAGCUAUCCACUACGUCUCGGAGGGCUCAGCUCAGGGGGCAUACGAGAUAGCCCGGUCGAUCCGGGAAGAGUACGGGGUCAACGUAGCAUGUGUCCAAGGAGACAUAUCCACGCCGGAGGGGUCCCGGGGGAUCGUUGCCGGGACACUAGCACAGCUCGGGGUAAACCACAUCGAUAUCCUUGUCAACAACGCAGCCUACGCCGCAACCCGGCUCCUACGAGAAACCGACUUCGAGCUAUGCCAACGCACCUUCGCCACCAACGUAUACGGCCAGCUAUUCAUGACCCAAGCAGUCGUCGACCAGGGCCGCAUGCCGCCAGGCGGCCGGAUCAUCAACAUCGGGAGCAUAGCGUCGAAGACGCACCCGCCGCAAGUCGGGCUCUACGCGGCCUCCAAAGCGGCGCAGGACAGCCUGACUACGUCGCGGGCUGGCGAGCUCGGCUGCACCCACGGCAUCACGGUGAACACGGUGGCCCCGGGCCCCGUGGUUACGGACAUGGUUAGGGACUCGCCCGAAGUCAUCGACCCGAUGGUUUUGCUGCAGCGGGGCGCGGAACGCCGCGGUAUGCCCGGGGAUAUUGCUGAUGUGGUGCUGCUGCUUGCGUCGGAGAGGAGUCGCUGGGUGACGGGGCAGUUUAUUGCUGCUGAUGCCGGGAUUACGGGGAGUAGGUGAGGUUUGACUUGUAUGAUAUGUUAAGGAAGGAUGUGUUUUUGGGUUAAGCCGGGCUAAGAGUGGUGUAGGUACAGCGAAAAGGGGUAGUUUGUCUACAUUUAAUAUG